AUGGCGUGUGUGUAUACGUGGACCACUUCUGAGCUUUUGGUUUUGUUUGAAUCGAUCCAGUUCUGUCAGAAGACCAACCGCGACGACUGGGAUUGUGUGUCGCAACUUGUGAAAACAACAAUGAGUGAGACGGGGAUGACAAUGAAUGAAAAAUACAACAAGUAUGGGUGCUCCUCGCAAUACAACGAGUUUGAGUUGAAGUAUCAUACAGCUGCUGGCGAAGGCAAUAUUGUCGAUUACGCGGUCAACUUUUUACGAGAAAAACGUGUUGGUGAACUUGAAAAGGAGAUCCGAGAACGUGAAGGUCACAUCUCGUCACUGAAAGAUUCCUUCCAGUGA